AUGGCCAACGAAUUCAACAUCGAUCCCAAUGUCUGGUAUCAGGUCUCGAACGACCUGUACGACGCGAGCGUCGACUCUUUGCGUGUCGGCGACAGCCACACGGCGAUCUACAUGUUUGCCACGAACCUCACGUCGCCGCAACAGCGAUGGCAAAUCUUCCCCGUCUCAGGAGGUGGUGGAGGGUGGAAUUUCCGCGCCCAGAUCACAGGCUCGGGCGCGUACAUGUCGCAGUCAACGGCACCGACCGACGCCUCCCCGGACGACACGGACGUAUGCAUGGCCCUCGGGGCCGCGACGGACACCCAACGCCAAUGGAUCCUCUCCUCCAACGGCGACGGCACCUUCGACAUCAAGCUCAGCAGCUCCAACCCGCUGUACUCGGACUAUCACCUGUCCGUGAACGCGACCAACAUCGUGGCCUUCACCAACGACACGACCAAGCAGGGCGUGAAAUGGGGAUUCCAAUCCAUCAUGCCGAUUGACGAUCCUGCCUUUUCCACGGGCAUCGUCCGGGCGACGACCCCGAGCGCAAGCGCGACAUCCACUCCCACAAAUUCCUCGACCCCCACGUCGCUGGGCUCGGGCUCGCAAACACAGACAUCUUCCCCAGCGACAGCCUCAGCCUCGGCCUCAUCCUCGUCCAUAGCUUCGGCGUCCGCGCAGCGAGGCGGUCUCUCGAGUGGUGCAGCAGCCGGCCUCGGCGUCGCGGUCGCGGUCGCGGUCCUCGCCCUCGCGGCCAUCCUGUUCUGGUUCUUUCGCAGGAGAAGAAAGCACACCCAAAGGCAGAGACAGAUACACGCACAGGUCCAGGAACUUGCAACUCCCUACGAUGGGCAUGGGGCUUCUUUUCCGCACGAGACGAAGAACAGAAUGCUUUACGAUGCCGAGCCGGCCGAGUUGCAUCACCAGUCUAUCGCGGAACUAGAUCACUCGCCUGAGCACAAGACUCCUGUCGCUGAACUAGGGGCUGAUCCGAGGGCGAGCCGGGGGUAA